CACUUGGAGCAGCACACAGUCAUCCAUACAGGAUUAAAACUCUUCGAAUGUCUGACAUGGAACACGCAGUCAGUCGUACACAGAUGGCUAAACGCAACGCCCAACUAGUGUUGCAGUAUUCAACGGUGUAUCCGUUCAGAGUGCGGGGCAAGGCCAUGCUUUGCGUCUAUUGCUGUGAAGAGUACGAAGAUCCCAAAGACUAUAGAAAUCAUUUAGACGAUCUACACAAAUCCUUCACAGUGACUACUGCCUUCGCACAUUGCGGUAAAGGCAAAGAGUACCUAAAAGUCGAUUUAACAGAUUUAAGAUGCAGAAUAUGUUUGACGCCCUGUAAUAGCCUUGACGAAAUUGCUGAACACCUUCGCGAUCUUCAUGGUGUUGCGAAAAUUGACACAAAUUUCGACAUCGGAAUGCACCCGUAUCGAAUGGACACUGAAAAAUGGGUUUGUUUUAUUUGCGACAAGAAAAUGCCAUCGCUGACCAAGUUAUGCAGACACACCACUUCGCAUUACCAGAAGUACACGUGUGAUGUAUGCGGUCGAACAUAUUUGACAAAUGAGGCUUUAAAAUAUCACAUUCGAUGUAGUCACACGGGUAAUCACGUUUGUAGGAAGUGCUGGACGGAUUUUCCAACUCUAGAGAAGAAGAGAGAACAUUUGAAGAUAUCGAAACAGUGCUGGGCUUUUUGUUGUCUAAGUUGUGGGGAGAGAUUUAUGUCAUGGGAAGGCAAACAGAAACACCUAGUAGAAGUACACGGGCGGCCAAAGAGGAUGUACGCUUGCCCAGAUUGCGAGGAAACGUUUGAUUGCCGUAAACAUUUUUACAGUCACUUUAAAUUAAAUCAUAGUGACGAUAGUUUUGUAUGCCCAUGUUGUGGCCUUAAAUUCGGUACUAAAAAACAAAUGGAGGAACAUAGAUUUGGUCACACGGGCGAAAAACCAUAUCGAUGUAACGUUUGCAUGAAAUUAUUCUCAAGAAGCAAGAGUUUGAAACAGCAUAUGUGGAUUCACAGCGAAAAUAAGCGCUUCAUUUGCGUUAUAUGUAACAAACAAUUCGCACAGAAAGUUAGCCUCAAAGGUCACAUGAAAUCUCAUCACCCAGAAAUAACACUGGAAGUUUAGACGUAGUAAAUAGUAUACUUGUUGGUUAACGCAUUUACGUAAAUAAAAAAUGAAUAGUU